AGUGUACAGCAUGCGUCACGCUCACACGUCGCGAGUACGAUUUUUGUGUGGACGGUGUGUGGCCUGCUGUGGGAAAACCUGAAGAAAAUUGCAUUUUUUGCAUAAUGCGCGACGUGAAAAGCUAACAAAAGUUGUGGAAAAUCAAAAUUCAAUAUUCUGGCCACGGUUUGUGCUUAAGAUCGGGCUGCGCGAACUUGUUUGGUGCACAAAAACCACGUCUCGAAAAUAUCAGAUUAGAAUUGUACGUGCACACAUAUUGCUGCCAUAUUAAACGCAUACAACAGCGUUUUAUUGCUGUAUAGAGCACAGCGGAGCGGAGCACCAGGCCAGAGCAGCAAUUUUCACACACUGGCGGACCCACACACAAACACUCACGAGCGAGAUAUGCGAGAAUAAAGAAGAAUUUUUCUUAGUUGUAUUACAAGAGCAUUAGAUACACAUAUGUAUAUAAGUGUAUAUAUACAUGCAUAUGUGUGUACAUAGGAGUGUACAUAUAAACUAAACGAAAGCUGUGCCUACAUUUGUGUUCUUUUCCAAUACUAAACUUACAACAACAACAACAACCACAAUAAUAAUAAUAUAAAUAAACUAAUGUUAAUGCAAGCAAAAAGAGCCAACAGAUCUUCAAAGCCAGUCUGUGCUCAUUCCAAUACAUAUACAUAAAUAUAUAUAAUUAUAUAUAUAUAGGUUAUAAAUAACUACGCCUACGCCACGCCCACGCGCAACUACAACAACAACAACAACAUGGAGAAUCAACCAAACGAAUAAAACUUUAAACUACUUUAAAGUGUGAUAAGCAAAAGGCUGAAAUCUAAAACAAAAAAAACAAAACAAAAAACUAUGAAUAAUUAGUAGAAACCAAAAGCAACAAGCAACAUCAACAACAAUCAAUUACAUAUACACCAAACACACAAGACAUCCAAACAAACACGAGCCAACAACAACCUUUUUAUACAUUAAUUAAACAAUUUUUCCUAAAUAAACUUAACUUAGUGCAAGAAAAUGUAUCCAGUCGGUCAACAGUCACAGUGGACGCCCUCGCCCACGCGGGCUCAGAGUCCCUCUCAGGCGCAGACUAGCUUCGAAACGCUCACAUCACCACCAGCGCCUGGUUCAUCGGUCAAUCCCACCGCUGUGACCAGCCCAAGUGCCCAAAAUGUGGCAGCUGGGGGUGCCACUGUUGGAGCGACGGCCUCAUCAGCCGCCGCUCAGGUCGCGUCCACCCUGGGCACCACAACCGGGACUGUGACGGCUGCAAUUGCCACCGCUACUCCGACCACCAAUCCGGAUAUGCCCGUCUUCACAUGCCCGCGUCGCCCGAAUCUGGGCCGCGAGGGCAGGCCGAUCGUACUUCGAGCCAAUCACUUCCAGGUGACGAUGCCCCGCGGCUAUGUCCAUCACUACGACAUCAACAUACAGCCGGACAAGUGUCCGCGCAAGGUGAAUCGCGAGAUUAUCGAGACCAUGGUCCAGGCCUACAGCAAGAUCUUUGGCGUUCUGAAACCGGUAUUCGACGGACGCAACAAUCUGUACACCCGCGAUCCCCUGCCCAUUGGCAACGAGCGCCUGGAGCUGGAGGUGACACUGCCCGGUGAGGGCAAGGACCGCAUCUUUCGCGUGACCAUCAAGUGGCAGGCGCAAGUCUCGCUAUUCAACCUGGAGGAGGCUCUAGAGGGUCGAACGCGUCAAAUUCCAUACGACGCCAUCCUGGCCCUGGACGUGGUCAUGCGGCAUUUGCCGAGCAUGACCUAUACGCCCGUCGGCCGGAGCUUCUUCAGCUCUCCGGAUGGCUACUAUCAUCCUCUGGGUGGUGGACGCGAGGUCUGGUUCGGUUUCCAUCAGAGCGUGAGGCCAUCGCAGUGGAAGAUGAUGCUGAACAUUGAUGUUUCGGCCACCGCAUUCUACAAGGCUCAACCCGUUAUUGACUUUAUGUGCGAGGUGCUGGACAUACGCGACAUCAUGGAGCAGCGCAAACCGCUCACCGACUCCCAGCGAGUCAAGUUCACCAAGGAGAUCAAGGGACUCAAGAUUGAGAUCACGCACUGUGGCCAGAUGCGUCGCAAGUAUCGUGUCUGCAAUGUAACCCGCCGACCGGCUCAAAUGCAAUCAUUCCCACUGCAGUUGGAGAAUGGUCAGACCGUGGAGUGUACUGUGGCCAAGUAUUUCUUGGACAAGUAUCGAAUGAAGCUGCGCUACCCGCAUCUGCCCUGCCUGCAGGUGGGACAGGAGCACAAGCACACCUAUCUACCGCUCGAGGUGUGCAACAUUGUGGCUGGCCAGCGGUGCAUCAAGAAGCUCACCGACAUGCAGACCUCGACGAUGAUCAAGGCCACCGCACGCUCGGCACCGGAUCGCGAGCGUGAGAUCAACAACCUGGUGAAGCGCGCGGACUUCAACAAUGAUUCGUAUGUGCAGGAGUUCGGCCUGGCCAUCUCCAAUUCGAUGAUGGAGGUGAGGGGACGAGUGCUGCCCCCGCCCAAGCUUCAGUAUGGGGGACGUGUGUCCACUGGCAUCACCGGGCAGCAGCUGUUUCCGCCCCAGAAUAAGGUGAGCCUGGCCUCGCCCAACCAGGGCGUCUGGGACAUGCGCGGCAAGCAGUUUUUCACGGGCGUCGAGAUCAGAAUCUGGGCCAUUGCCUGCUUCGCUCCGCAGCGAACGGUGCGCGAGGAUGCCCUGAGGAACUUCACCCAGCAGCUGCAGAAGAUCUCAAAUGAUGCCGGUAUGCCGAUCAUCGGGCAGCCCUGCUUCUGCAAAUAUGCCACGGGGCCGGAUCAGGUGGAGCCGAUGUUCCGCUACCUGAAAAUCACCUUCCCGGGCCUGCAGCUCGUCGUGGUUGUGCUGCCCGGCAAGACGCCCGUCUAUGCAGAGGUCAAGCGCGUGGGCGACACCGUCUUGGGCAUGGCCACCCAGUGUGUACAGGCGAAGAACGUGAACAAGACAUCGCCACAGACGCUGUCCAAUCUGUGUCUGAAGAUCAACGUCAAGCUGGGCGGCAUCAAUUCGAUUCUGGUGCCCUCCAUCCGGCCCAAGGUCUUCAACGAGCCCGUUAUCUUUCUGGGAGCUGACGUCACCCACCCACCAGCCGGCGAUAACAAGAAGCCCUCUAUUGCGGCUGUUGUUGGUUCAAUGGACGCCCAUCCGUCGCGAUAUGCGGCCACCGUGCGCGUGCAGCAACACCGCCAGGAGAUCAUCCAGGAGCUGAGCAGUAUGGUGCGCGAGCUGCUGAUCAUGUUCUACAAGUCGACGGGUGGCUACAAGCCCCACCGAAUCAUUCUGUACCGUGACGGCGUCUCCGAGGGACAGUUCCCGCAUGUGCUGCAGCACGAGCUGACCGCCAUCCGAGAGGCGUGCAUCAAGCUGGAGCCCGAGUACCGGCCGGGCAUAACAUUCAUCGUUGUCCAGAAGCGCCAUCACACGCGACUCUUCUGCGCCGAGAAGAAGGAGCAGAGCGGCAAGUCCGGCAACAUACCGGCCGGCACCACCGUCGACGUGGGCAUCACGCAUCCAACCGAGUUUGAUUUCUAUCUGUGCAGCCAUCAGGGUAUCCAGGGCACCAGUCGACCCUCGCACUACCAUGUGCUCUGGGAUGACAAUCACUUUGACUCCGACGAGCUGCAGUGCCUCACGUAUCAGCUGUGCCACACCUAUGUGCGGUGCACACGGUCCGUCAGCAUACCAGCUCCAGCCUACUAUGCCCACUUGGUGGCAUUCCGUGCCAGGUAUCAUCUGGUGGAGAAGGAGCACGACUCGGGCGAGGGUUCACACCAGAGCGGCUGCUCAGAGGAUCGGACACCGGGAGCCAUGGCCAGAGCCAUCACGGUCCAUGCGGACACCAAGAAGGUCAUGUACUUUGCCUAAAAAGUAGCCAAUACCAACACCAAAAACCUCCCAAGAAACCAUAAAAGAAAAAAUUACCCCAAAAAAACCCCAAACGAAAAAAUCAUAAAUCAAUUUCGAAAUUCAAUUCGAAUAAGCCAAGAGAUAUAGUGAGAGAGAACCUCCCCACCAUCCCAAAAAAACCUACUCCCAAAUCCCUACUCACAACAGAAAAGCCAAGCAAAGAGAGUUCGAGAGAGGGAGAGAGCGUGCAAGCGAGAGAGUUAUUGUUAAGUUGACAGUUUAAUGUUUAAGUUGCUAAAGUGAGAGAGAGAGAGAGUAUUUAAGGAGUAUCUUGCAUGCAUUAGUUUUAGACCAAAACAACACAAACAAAAAUCCCACAGCAAACACUCAAACACACACACACAAGCGACACGACACGACACCGUGAUGAAUUGAUUAUAGGAAUAGGGGAUAGGGUAUCGGGAAGGGAAGGGAAUCGAAUGUUUAAUGCACAACAAAAUGUGAAAAAUUCUCAACAAAAGCGUAGCAAACAAAUAACAACAAAAAUGAUAAAACAAUUCAACAAAAGAAAACUAAACUUAAAGGGAACAAAACUACGAACGCAACACCAAAAGCCAAGCAGCAGCAUUAUUAUCUAUCAUCAAACUUACGACAAGAACAACAAAAACACCACGAGAGAUAGACAGAAUUUUUGUAAAUGUGGGGGUAGGGCGAACGAAUCCAAUUAUAAAUAUAAUAAUAAAUUGUACAAUAUAUUUUUACAACUAACAAAUCGAAGACACGGGGGAAUGAAUCGUGGGAAUGGAUGAAUGGAAUGGAAUGGAAUGUGGAAUGCAUACAACCAAAGGUUUUUAGUAUACAAAAACGAAAGAAAAACGAAAAAGCACACAAAAAACAAUUGAAUAUGUUUGCUGAUCGAAGACUCACACAAUUACAACAACAACAACAACAAGAACACAACCACAACCACACGACAACAAAAUGAAAACUCUGAUUCUCUGUACUGUGAACGAAGACCACCACCAAAAUGAAAAUGCAAAUUAAUAUGAAGAUGAAGAUGAAGAUGAACAUUUAAGGGAAUAAACUAAACACCAAUAAUUAUUGUGUGUGGGGGACACUCGACUCGACUAAGGCAUUAAAGCGCUGAAACACAACUUAGCAUAUACGAAACGAAAAAAAAAAACGGAUAAAAUACUUCAAUAACUAGAGUUCAGAUUCAACUGAAAACAUUUAAUAGUUUGUAAGAUGGGGCUCUACCAAAAAAUCAUAGAAGUGAAGACGGACGGACAGUAUGAGCGGCGGCAUAACGAUAACUCCAAUUUCUACAAGGGACAAAACGUAUGUUAAUAACAAUUGCUAUUAAUAUUUACAUAGAUUUAUGAACAUCCAACAAACACACAGUAAUACUAAUUAGAAUGUUUUUUAAAGAAUCGGGGCAAUAAUCAAGAAACCAACCAACAGAAACUGUUACGAAUGGGCUACCGGAAAUACUUAAGCAAAUACAUACAUCAAUUAUACAUUUAUACAAUUUAUAAUUUGGUUCAAAAGUGCAAAUAAUAUGCUGAUAUUUUGUGUUAGUCUUUAGUUAAUCUUUUUUUAUGCUCAUCGAGACAAGACGCCAAACGCCCGUAAAACACACACACACACACCAAGUCCCCCCCAGGCAUAUCACUCAAGUGUCCACCCACCCUUUAUUUAUGUACCUUAAACCGUAAGCUUAACUUAACGAUAUUUAAUUGUAUUUAAUAUUUUAAAUUUUUUUAGAGCAAAACCCCAAUUAUUUGUUAUUUCCUCGCAUUGCUGGGGCGAGAGAGCACCAAUAUGUAAUUUCGUAUUAAAAAAUUAACUUUUAGCCAAGUGGUGUACGGGUAAUAUAAAACAAGCUAAAAACAACUCCAACUCCCACUCCCUCAACUGCACUGUGCUGUGUGGGGGGGGGGGGGUGGUGGGCAAGAACAUUUCAAUAUUUUACAAAGUAGUUUUAAUUUUGCCAUUAAUCAAAUACAACACAACAACAAAAACAAAACAAACGACAAGAGAAAAAGAAAUGCAAUAUGGAAAGAUGAAUAACACAUGUUCUAUAUCGAGGACACAGUUCAAGUUAACAUUAUAAUGAUUUGUUAUUAAAAAUGCUAUGCAGGAGGAGAGCCAUCUCUCGCCGUCCCUUCUGCACCAGCACCUUAUUUAUACUUAUACUUAUACUUAUGUAUUGUAUGCUAUGUACGAGUACAACCCACGCAAACAAACCCCCAACACACAAUCAUCCAAUUAGGCUUAGUUUUGUCAGUCGCAUAACUGAUGUGAGAAUUGUAAAAUAUAAUAUAUAUAUAUAUAUAUAUUUCUGUGUUUAUAUAUAAAAAUAUACAUUAAUUUGCAUGCAUACAUUUAUAAAACUCUUACAAAUUAGUCGGUAAUCCUCAGUGAGAGAGAGAGAGAGAGAGCGAGAGAAAUAACAUUUCUGAUCUGAUCGAAGAGCUGAUUUAUUUGGAAUUCAAUUUGUAAUUUAAACGUCGCUUCCAUUCGAUUCGUUUCAACACAAGGGAUUACAAUUUAAAAUUUAUUUCUUAACUAAAUGUUUACUUAAAGAGAAUGUUUAUUGCCCACCCCAUCAUGCCCAAGCGGAAUCCAAUCCUAAUUUUAAGCAAAACGCAAAAACGAAUCACAAUGCAAAAAGGAAAAAGGGAUAUCGACGAGGUUCAUACAUGUACGAUAAUCUUGUCUAGGUUUAAGCAGAAGCUGAUGAGCGCAGAGUGAAAGUGUGUGCCCGACAAUGACAAUGAAUGCAUCUCGUAGUUGUAGAAUGAUCCUAGAAUUUGAAUCAUUUGGAAAAGUCCAAAAGCUUUAACUAAUUGCUAGACGGAAUCUUUAUGGAGACCAGACCAUCCACAUCCAUGCAAGAAAAAGGCCAAUGUAUCUACAUAGUUUUAGACAUGUAUCUUUUACGAGAUUUAAAUGUAGAUACACUACAAUUUCCAUCUUCAAGCAAUACACACACACACGUAACAUACACACAUAUAAAACAAUUUAACGGUUUCUUCAGUGUGGCAGCUAUCGCAGAUAGAAGAAGAGUGGAGGUGGAGGAGAGAAGAAGAGGUUGAAGAAUAAUCAGGAGAAGACUCAGAAGAACAGUGUAGAACGUCCUGUAUCUUAAGUUCUACGCAUAAGUCGGGGUCGGGGAUAAAACAACAUACAGAAAGACAAUUUAAAUUACCACAUAAUCUGUCAAAAUUCAAUUGAGCUUUAUACUAAAACAAAACAAAAAAAACAAAAAACAACGUAAACGAUACGGAAAUGCAAGUUGCAAGUUGGUGAGAUGGGAUGGAAUAUCUGCCUAAAGUGGGAUAGGAUCGGAACGGAUCGUAUUGUUUCUACGUAUAUUACUUAUAAAUGUGCCGUUUAUAGAUGUCUACAAUUAUAUACAACAUAUAGUUACAUAUAUACUAUGUGUACAUAAAUAGGGAUAAAAUCAGAACAAAAUCGAAGCUAGAACAGCAAUUUGCACAACUCUUCCUAAAGGAAAUAAAAAUAAAAUAAAAAUACAAACAAAAUCUAUUUGCCACAAUUACCAAUUAGCCAGAGAAAUCGAGAAAUGAUAAGGACUAAAAAACACCAAGCAAUUAUGUAGGUUCCAUAUAUGUAUCUGCAUAUGUAUCUCCUCCAACUAAUGUAACUGACAUAUACUUAUAUAUAUGUGUGUGUGUACUCUAUAUACUCUUCCAAUCAGUCCCGCAGUCCAUUCACACCCACACCCACACGCACACGCACGCACUCGCCAGCCAUCGGAGAUAGUUAACCCUUAGCUGAAAUUCGACUAGAAAAUCGUACAUAAUCCUUACAUACUUACAUACAUAAAUAUACACAAAUAUACAUAUAUCGCGUAACCAAUCUUCGAUAAAUGAGAUCAUCAUCUGACAUAACAUCCCCUUAAAAAUUACUUUAAAAUCAACCAAAAUGCCGGGUAACUAAUCAAUAAAUAAUAAAUAAAAUACAUAAUAUUAGUUCUAAUCUAAGUGGAAUAAACAAAAUACAUACAAUACAAUACAUAAAUCGGCAUUCAAAAUAAAGUUAAUUGUGCAACGUAAAUAUGGGAAAUCUGUAACUUUGGUGAUCUUUUUAAUUGUUAUUAGGAAAAACAAAAAUUAAAACGAAAACAGCAAGUAAUCAAGUUUAAUGAAUACAAAUCAAACAAGUUCUAAAUGUGACUUUAAAUAUACAAUACAAAUACGAUACAUAUUAUACAUAAUAUUAUUUCAACAACAAACAAACAUAAAACCAGAGAUGAACAAAAACCAAACCCGAUUCAGAGUUGAGUUUGAAUGGCAAAUUCAAUGGCAAUAAUGACAUACAAUAGGAUCUUUUUCGAUACAAAUCUUUCAGGAGUCUAACAAUUAGUUUUUAAGCGCUUCAACUCGAUACAAAAUACCAUUCAAAGCAAAGCAAA